AGUAUUUGCGUGCUCGGUGUGUGACUCUAGUGGUCGUUGCAAGCUCAAAUGAAGACGGAACGCUUUGAGAAGUUGAGAUACCAUUCAUGCAUUACUCCAUUCAUCGAUCGAUCGUCUCCAACUCAACCCGCCCAAAUGUACUUUUAUCCCUGCCAAAAGGGCAGGGCUCUUGUCGUCUACCAAAGAGCACAACAAAUAGUGCCUGUACCGCACCGCCGCCGUCGCCGCGCCCCUCGGUCUAUCAUACAAGCGCGCCUCCUUCGCUACUUCUAAGCUCAGAGCGUCGACCUCCCAGAUGGACAUGCACUCCAGCCAGUCCAUUCGCAGAGCGCGGUGCAGAAAACGUAUUAAAGAGAGUUUUCAACGGGGGGAUGGUAGUAGAGAUAUGCAAUAUGCAGAAAGAGGAGGAGAAAGAGAAAGAUGGGGUGUAAAUACAGUGGGAGAAGGGGGCAAGGAAAACGGAAGGGCUAAAAGGUUUACCGCAUUCCUGCUCCGAGCCCAGCGCCCAUAGCUCCUAGUCGUGAUGCGAGCUUGGGGUAUUUCUCUUGCAC